AUGCUGCUCAUGAGGGCUGCGCCGAUGGGCUACGCGAAGGUAGACAAGGUGGACGCCGAGGAGGCGCGGCACUUAAAGGCGCAGUUCCUGAUCCACAGGGCGCUCGAGAAGAAUGGGCCGACGAGGCGCCCGGCAGCGGCGGCAUCGUCGAGAGGCGGGGGGUGCAGGGUCGUCAGGGCGUCGAGGAUCUGCGUCCGGCUCAAGAGGCUCAGGGUCGCCGUCCGCAGCUUCAGGCUGCGCGUCUGCCGGGGCGUGCUCAAGCACAUCAGGAACCUCAGGAGGCUCGGGUGUUCUCGGUCUUGA